AUGCAAGGGUUACCAAACAUAUUUGGCGGGACUAGCAUCAUCAAGGGAGAAGGAAUAUUCGACGACGCAAAGCCUAUCCAACCUAUCCAACCUAUCCAACCUGAGGCUUUACGGUGCAUAGGUUGUGCCCAUCCAACCUAUCCAGCCUCAUGGUUUUGCGCUGAGCCAAUCCAACGUAUCCAAAAUAUCCAAACUAUCCAACCUAUCCGACCUAUCCAACCUAACCAACCUAUCCAACCUAACCAACCUAUCCAACCUAUCCAACCUAUCCAACCUAUCCAACCUAUCCAACCUAUCCAACCUAUCCAACCUAUCCAACCUAUCCAACCAACCUCAGGCUUUACGCUGGAAAAGUUGGAGCCUCUUCAGCAUAUCCAGCCUAUCCAAUCUCAGGCUUUACGCUGGACAGGUUGGAGCCUAUUCAGCAUAUCCAACGUAUCCAACCGGGGGCUUUACGCUGGAUAG